GUCUGGCACAGCCAGACAAGGUCAACCGAGCCAGCCUCCUUGACCCAUUUACCCGCUAUAUUCUCGGGGAUCAUCCCCGGAUGUCUAUCUCCUAUGUUUUGCUGUGCUAUUUAAAAUCACGGGCAGUUCUCUAUUCUAUUCUCUAUAGACUGGUAUGCCAGCGAUGCACGAUUUUCAAUUUGGGAAGACAAGUAGAAUGGCUUUCUUAUCCUUUUCUUUUCUAUUGGUUUUUUAUUCUAAUCCUUGCCUUCCUGAUUGAAGCCUUUUUUCUUUUUUAUCAUUGCUCAUUACUGGUGUUAUUGGUUAUGGCGCGAAUUUGGUCUGCGAUCUCCCUUUCUUCUGCACUUUUUUCUCCUUUCCUUACAUUCUUCUUUUUCUUUAUCCCGUGGGACACCAACACCAACACCAACACUGACCAACACCAAUCUGUCCAUAUAUGAUUGAUUAUAUUCUAUUCAUCCUAUCCGUGGGACAUGACAUGAUCCCGCGCUUUAUGUAUCUAAGCUAGCUUAACGAGUAUGGAACCGACAAGACAAUUUUG